AUGUCGGGAAAGUCUGAAAUCGCAAAAACCAAUUCCUCUGUCGCCACGAAUAUCCCGGCGCUCGACGCAGAGCUCCUCAAGAAGAAGGGCUUCAAAGUGGGCCAACAGCUCAAUAGCGGCAGUUUCUCCACCGUUUGCAGGGCUACGAAGGGCACGACUCCGGUCGCCGUUAAGAUCAUUGAUUUGUCGAAGACUUCGGAAGACUAUAAGAACCGAUUCCUUCCGCGCGAGUUAUACACAAUGACUAAACUAAAGCACCCGAACAUCAUUGGCAUUCACGACAUCUUCACGAUCGGGAACCGGAUCUAUGUGUUCAUGGAUUUGGCCGAUGGCGGAGACAUUCUGGACCUCAUUAAGAACGGAGCCGUUUCGGAGGUUAAGGCCAAACCGUUGUAUAAAGGAGUGGCCGAUGCACUCAAAUACAUACACUCCAAGGGCUUCGCGCACCGGGACAUCAAAAGCGAGAAUAUACUCCUGAAUAAGACCCGAACGGUGGCCAAAAUCGCUGACUUUGGGUUUUCGCGCACCUGUUUUGACAACAAGACGGGUACCCGAGUGUUGAGCGCCACGUACUGCGGGAGCGCCGCAUACGUGGCCCCAGAGGUACUCAAGAUAACGCCCUAUAAUCCCAUGAUCUCCGACGUCUGGUCGAUGGGUAUUGUACUCUAUGUGAUGGUUAAUAACAGACUACCCUUUAGUGACAAAAAUUUGCGACAAAUGCUGAAACAACAGUUGGACCGCAAUAUUGAAUACACAGGCGCUCUGACCGACGCCUGUAAGGAUCUGAUCGGCAAACAUCUCGAGCCAAACAUUCAACAACGCUAUACAAUGGCUCAGGUAUUAGAGCACCGGUGGUUUAAAUAG